ACGAAGGCUGCUGUUAGUCUGAGGUUUGAGGUGACUCAGGGCCACAACACUGCGCGCCGAUCCGCGCCGGAGACCAAGUGCACUUUAGUGAUCAAUGCAGAGGUUGGAAAACUGUGGUGUAGUACACAAAGUGGGAAAACAACAACAGUCCUGCUGCAUCAGCGGCGUGCUUGCGUGCGUGUGUGUGUGUCAGAGUGGCCGAGUCGGCGGUCCGUGGCAGAGCCGGUGUGUAUCGCGGGGGAGGAGGAGUGGCGCAGGCGGGCAGCAUAGGGGCAGGAGUGCAGGAGCGCCAGGGCGCGGUCUUCUUUACUGAUCACUCCAGCUCCAGAGGCGAGUGGACGAAGUGCGCCAGAAAGGCAAAGACGAGCGCAGAACAUGAGGAUUCCUCCUCACAGCAGCCGGCUCUCAGUCUGCCCUGUGCACCCUGCCAGUGUGUCACUGCGCACCGCUUUCUGCGCCAAGUUAGCCGAAAUCCACGGACUUACCCGGCUUCCGAAAUAAAUGGACUCGUUCUCGUUUUCAUUUGGCGUAUGGAGAGGCACUGUCCUCUCGGCACCACCGGACCUUGCUUUUGUUUUGACGCUUUGCGCUUCUUGCGCCGCAUGCCAACCUCUCCGUAGACCGCGCGUCCUUUUUUACGCACAGACCAUGACGAGGAUAAAAGCAAUAAGGAAUUAAAGAUCCUUCGAUUCAUUGAUUUAAUAAGGAGCUGAUAGAAGGAGAGUGCGGAGGAAAAGGGCUUGACAGUUUGAGUUUCACCCUUGACCCGUUGGCCCCCGGAGCACUCCGUGUUUGGGGGCUUUCUUUGGGGGUAAUGCGUGUUCCUGCGGUGCUGGGGCUCCUGGUCGCCUGCGCGCUGAUCUGCGCCCCGGUGAGUGAAGCGUGCGGCCCGGGCCGGGGAUACGGCAAGCGGCGGCCUCCUAAAAAACUCACGCCACUCAACUACAAGCAGUUCAGCCCGAACGUGGCCGAGAAGACGCUGGGCGCCAGCGGCAGACUCGAGGGCAAGAUCACGAGGAACUCGGAGCGCUUCAAGGAGCUCACGCCCAACUACAACCCCGACAUCAUCUUCAAGGAUGAGGAGAACACGGGUGCGGAUCGGCUCAUGACCCAGCGUUGUAAGGACAAGCUGAACUCGUUGGCCAUCUCCGUCAUGAACAUGUGGCCAGGUGUGAAGCUGAGAGUCACUGAGGGCUGGGAUGAAGACGGCAAUCAUCUUGAAGAAUCGCUGCACUAUGAAGGCAGAGCAGUAGAUAUCACCACCUCUGACCGUGAUCGUAAUAAAUACGGCAUGUUGGCAAGGCUGGCGGUGGAGGCUGGCUUCGACUGGGUUUAUUACGAGUCCACAGGACACGUCCACUGCAGCGUGAAGUCAGAACACUCUGUGGCUGCUAAGACAGGUGGCUGUUUUCCGGGAGGAGCUCUGGUCAGUCUUGAGAAUGGGAGCAGGAAGGCCAUGCAGGAUCUGCAGCUCGGUGAACGAGUCUUGGCAUCGUUGCAUGGUGACGGCAGCGGGCAGCUCAUCUUCAGCGAGGUCAUCGCUUUCUUAGACCGCCAGUCCUCCAGCCGCACACUGUUUUAUACAAUAGAGACAGAAUCCGGUGCUACGUUAAGCCUCACCGCUGCCCACCUUGUGUUUGUGGCUGAGGGGAACUGCUCGGGCCCGGCGCCCAGGGGACAGCUCAGGACUGUGUUUGCCAGUCAAGUGCAGCUGGGUCAGUGUGUGGUUUCGGCUCAGGGCCCAGGACAAGAAGGAAGGCUGUCUCGGGUGAUUAGGGUUCAUCUACGGGAGGACACUGGAGUGUUCGCGCCUCUCACCAUGCACGGCACAGUCGUGGUUAAUGACAUUGUGUCCUCCUGCUAUGCCGCCAUGGAUGAACACUGGCUUGCUCACAUUGCUUUGGGCCCACUAAGGGCACUUCAUCUUUGGGGAGGGCCGAUGGGCCACCAGGCUGAAGGGGUGCACUGGUACUCCUCACUACUGCACUGGAUAGGAACACACAUAGUUGACCCGAAACACUUUCACCCCUGGAGUGUGAUCGCUUCUGACAGAUGAGAGGGAGAGAAAUGAAAUGAAAUGAAAUGCAAGAGAGAAAAUCAGACAGAAUGAGAGAACUGGACAAAUGAAAUAAUUUUGUCCCACGAAAAAGCUUUUCUCUUUAAAGACUUGCAAAGUGCAGUAAUUCCCUGGGCGCGUUCUCACUUGAAGGACAUCCCCGAAACGAUUAAAAAAACCCACAUGUAAAAAUAUUCGAAAUGGGUUUCUUUUAUUGCCUACACUGGAGCAUACUCACAAACACACAAACACGCACACUUCUACACAUAUGUGCAUACAUGAUAUUAAUAACCAUGAGGUAAUGCAACAGAGGUAAGCUGUAGAUAAAUUAGCUCAGGUAAGCAGUAGCUCAGACAUAGGAAUGCAGUCUUAGUCUGUCUGAUACUGUAGCUGUUUCAGUAUAAUAAAGCGUUAUAUGGAGAUAACAUGGGCUUGGGACACACAAUCAAAUGCAGUUAUUAUUAAAAGGCAACUAAGAAAAAUCAACCAGAUCUGCUAUUUAUCAGGAAUUGUCACUCCUGAUUCUGUCGUACCAUUGUCUCAGUUAUUUGUUACGUCCUAUUCCUCUCUUACAAGUCCAAACUUUUCGACUUUUCAUCGCUGUAAUGUUUCAUGUUUUUCCUGCUGGAAAUGUUCUUUGUAACUUUAUCACGUAUUUAAUAGUCACAUUGUACACUGUAUUUCUACAUAUAGCAUACACAAGGGGUAAAAUACACAACAUUGCGACCUUAGUUAUACUAAUUAAGCUAUACUGUGCUACUUACUAUUUAUUAACUUCACUCAGUACAGAUGUGUCAGACAGCAGCCUGGUCAGCAUCCUUUGUAAAUGCUCAGUAUGUUAAUUCCCUACGUAUGCUUUAUGGAGUGAUACUCACAAUCUGGCGUGCUUUAUUUACCUUUUUUUUUGUGGCAUUAUUAACUUUUUACCAAAAAGAUGUCAAAAUUAUAUGUUCAUAAAAAUAUUUAAAGAUCUAUUUUUCAAAAUUAAACUAUAUGGAAAUAUG